AUGAUCAACAGUCACCCGCUGGCCAGCAGGCACUAUAAAAUCGUGCAAAUUAACUUGAUGUUUGCCUGUCAAUUCACGGAUACGAUAGCAUCCAUUUGCAAGGUGGUAAUCCUGGCGCCGAAACUAGCUCUCCGCCUCCUGCAAAUCAAUGUUACCACAUUCCAGUGCUGCACUAUUGCCCAAACAUAUGCCAUUGGCAUCCUUUACGUUUUCUUCUCAUUUCUAUACGCUGGCUUUGCGAAAGUGCGACUUACCCAACGGCAUAAUCACGAGAUGCGGAAUCGAAUGGCAGUCAACCUGCUUCCAUUUGGCGUUCUGCUGAUUUUAAUUUAUCUCAGCGCGUGCAUCUGGCACUUAUAUUUGGCUGGUUAUGUACUCGCCGAUGCUAGCAAGAUCUGCGAAGCCGAUCCGAUGCUAUGCAAUCAACCACCGACAUUUCUCAUUAUAAUACCGGGGUAUAUGUAUGCAUUCAUAUGCGGCUUGGCCUUCUGCAUCAUUUCCAUAUUCUUCGGAUAUCUAUGGGUUCUCCGUGCCUUCGUGAAAGAAGCCAACAACAUUCCGCUGUCGACGAAAACGCGACAAAUGAUGGAUGUAUUUGAGAGAGUAUUCCAUUUCCAGCUGCUGGUCUUCGGCUUGCUAUUUGGACUUCCGUACUGCACAAAUAUAUUAUUAUUCUUUGGAGUGGGCGAAAAUCAGUUCAUCUUUAUUGGUUCGUGGCUUGGA